AUUUUUUUUUCUAAUUAAUUUGUUAUAGCUUAACAUUAAUAUUUAUUUCUAGAGAGAGAGAAACAAUGAUGAUCGGAAAAGUAUACUCUGGAUGAUGAGAUUGCAUCACGUCAAUUAAACUAGUAAUGCACUUAUAAUGUAACUAAAGUAUACAUAACUAUUUUGUACACAUAUUUAUUAAACUUCUGAAAUAUUUAUUAUGUUUAUUGAAAACGAACAUUUCAAUCGUACUAAAACUGUUCUUAAUAAAAAGAAAAUUAAACAUGUUUUAAUGAAAUACUAUCGAAAAUAUAGGCAACUGCUGUUUGUUAAAGUCUUCAUAUUUUAUAACGAACAUGAACGAAGGUUUAUCUCGAACACGUAUGUAGUAAUUGCAAAUCACUGCAAAAGCGCAAUGUUUUCUGAUCCGGUUAAACUGAAUAAUAUUAAAUAAUUGUAUCUAUAAAAAAUAAUAAUUACAAUGGAAUCUAAUUGGAAACUGGUGUUACUUCUUUGGCUGGGAUCAAUCAAUGCAGAAUUUUCGGACGAUUGGUCGAAAUUACAGUGCACUUCCCAAAACACCUGCCGUGAGUGCAUCCAACAACCGUCUUGUGCUUGGUGCACGAAGCCGGAUUUCAGUGGAAACUCAAGAUGCUUUCAUUUAAUUAGCGAAGAUUCUAAUUACUGUCCACCAGAAUAUAGUUACAAUCCGGAUAAUAUGCUGAUGAUUUUACAAUAUAAAAGUUUGUCGAGGCCGCGUGUAUCUCCAAUACCUGCUGAAUCCUACACGCAUCGACCCACAUCAUCUUCAAACACUUCGUUGGAGGAAAUUGUGCAGUUUGCACCACAAAGAGUCAAUUUGAAGAUUAGAGCGAGGGAACGUUAUACUAUGCACGCGCAGUAUAUCCAAGUGGAAGAAUUUCCACUUGAUAUAUACUUAUUAAUGGAUUUCUCCAAAUCUAUGGAAGGAAACAGCGAGAAGUUAACUCGUCUAGCUGAUAGUCUCGCUAAAGUUGUGCCUAAUAUAACUACAAACUUAAGACUUGGAUUCGGAAGUUUUGCAGAUCGUACUUUCCAGCAUGCAAUGAGCUUAAGUACCCAAACAAAUCAGUUUUCAUCUCUGGUGAAGAAGGCUGUCACAAAUAACUUCAAUGCUUCAGGAAGCUUGAAAACUGGUGUUUUACCAGUAAAUUCCACUGCUGGUUUGCAAGCCAUCAUGCAGGCUAUAGUUUGCAAGCAAUAUAUUAGUUGGAGAGAGAAUGCUCGUCGCGUUUUAAUCUUCGCUUCUAACUUGGAAUUACAAUCAGAUGAGAUUAAGUUUGCUAAUUACGAUCUGUGUAAUUGGGGAGGUGGCUCAGUAAAUGUAGCAAGAAUCAAUGAGAAAGUAAAACAGAACUCGAUCAAUUUAUUGUUUGCUGUAACUGCGGAUCAGAUGAGCAAUUACAAGAAAGUGCAGGAUAAAAUCGAAGGAUCUUAUACUGUUAUGUUGACUCCAGAUUCAUCCAAUAUCGUGGAGAUGGUUAAGGAGGAAUAUAACAAAAUGUCUGCUGUCAUUCAAUUGAAAGACAACUCCAGCGAUGGUAUUACAAUCAAUUAUUAUUCGAAUUGCUUGGAUCCAAGUGGUGAAUUCAAGAAGACUGAUAGAUGCGAGAACGUGAAAGUCGGAGAUAUUGUCAGUUUCAAGAUCGAAGUCGAAGUGACGCGAUGCCCAAGGGAUCCAGAAGAUUGGAAGCAGAGGUUGCAAAUCUACCCGAUCGGUGUUAACGAGACAAUGUAUAUGGACUUGGAGAUGCUGUGCUCCUGCCAAUGCGAACAGAAGGGUUACGUGGAGAAUGCGAAGGAAUGCAUGGGAGCCGGCACCUACAAAUGCGGCAUCUGCGAAUGCAACCGUAAUCAUUUCGGAAAGCACUGCGAAUGUUCUUCGGAACAUAUGUACAAUUUCAUGAAUACGUUGAGCUGCAAGAGGGAUCCUGAGGAUACCUCAGUCUGUUCUGGACGAGGCAUCUGCAUUUGCGGUAAAUGCUCGUGCCAGAGGGAUACAAUUUAUGGUAAAUUCUGCGAGUGCGAUAACUUCUCUUGUCCAUUAUCCCAUGGUAAAAUAUGCGGAGGACGUGGCACUUGCGAUUGUGGUGUAUGCAAUUGCAAAAGCCCUUGGAAUGGGGACGCAUGUGAAAAGUCUGUCCUUAAAUCCUAAACCACAUCAGAAAUAUUCAACAUAUAGACAAAACAACAAUUUUUAUACCAAAGACAACUUCGUCAACUGAUAUGGAUGAUAUGGAUUCAACAUAAACAUCUUCUAUUGCCCUCAAAAUCAUCCCUUUCCUGAACUUUUUCUAGAAAAUUAUAAUAAUAUUCAAAAGGUGGUACAAUGAAUAUUCUCAAACUUAUUUUAA